AGCCGAGGGCCUCGACCAGAAGAAUCACCGACGACCAACCAACCAACCAUGAAGCUCACCCCAACCGCUGGGCUCAUCCUGCUGGCCUGCUGCCUCAGCCAGGCCCUACCCCAGGCACGUGUGGCCGGUGGCGAGGACGCCGUGCUCGGCCAGCUGCCCUACCAGGCGGCCCUCUCCAUUGGUGGCAGCUACAACUGCGGCGCCGUGAUCAUUGCCGAGCGCUACGCCCUCACAGCCCUCACGUGUGUCUGCUCCGAGGGCAAGAGCACGCCCUGGUCCGCCAAUCUCUUUGGCAUCACCUUCGGCUCCGUGGAUCUGUACACGGGCGGCAGGGAGAUUCGCGUGGAGGAAAUCACCAUCAAUCCCAGCUACAACACGCUCAAGACCGGCCUGGCCCUGCUCCGGCUCAAGGAGUCGAUUGUGUUCGAUGAGUACGUGAGUGCCGUGCCCCUGGCACGCGAAAACCCGCCAGUGGGCGCUCAGGUGGAGAUCUCUGGCUGGGGACGCACCACCGAAUCGGAGGCGAGCAUGCAUCGCGCCCUGCAGAUCGGCCAGGCCGACGUAAUGCUCGGCCGCGAGUGCCGCAUGGGCCAUGCGGAGCAGGAGCCAAUCGACAACGACCAGGUGCUCUGCCUGGGCCAUCAGCGGCGCAAUGGCGUCUGCCGUGGCGACAUGGGCGGUCCGGCCGUCUACCAGCAGCAGCUGGUGGGUCUGGCCGGCGAGAUGCUCGGCGAGUGCGGCGGCCUGCUGCCCGAGCGCUUCGUCAGCAUCGCCUCCAACUAUGAUUGGAUCCAGCAGCACAUCCAAUAAUUACCGAAAAUAUACACCAAAUAUUCAAGCAA